GGUAGUAGUACGGUGGAAGGUGUCGCUUCUGUAUAUAUGUGUGUGUGUGUGUUGUGUGUGUCGCCAUUUAUAUGUAGCGUUCGGCGAAAUGUUCAUCUCGACUUAAGCGAUCAUUUAAAAACAAGAAGCGUACAGUCGUCAGUUGUUUUUAAGACGCUGUACAUCUUGUCGAAUUGUCAGUUUGGUGUUUGUUUUAGACAAAGACGCUGUCGGUUAAACAGCUAGCUUAGCCUAGUUCUCGAGAGCUUAGCAGGUUGUACUAGCUUCAGCUCGGGGUUUAAAAAUAACCCCCAAUAACCUCAGUUUAUUGUCAUUAGUUUGACUAAUUAUCGGGUAUAUUUUAAAUAAGAACAUUCUUGGAGUUCAGUUGUCUGAGUUUGGUGGUUUAAAAAGAACCGAGUCAGUGUUGCUAGCAUAACUAGCUUGCUCCAUCACGCCCCUUUAGCUCUGCACAGACGCCGCUUUCCGCUUUUUAUUUAUUAUUUAUUAUUUUUUUGCACAACAUUGAGUUUGUGUAAGUGGAUGUACUAGGGAUAACAUUUGGACGCUGAUUUUGCGGCGAAGCUGGCGACACCGCACAUCUCCGGCUGAACAAGUUAUUUGUCUCCCACCCUCGUGGUGCGAGCAAUCCCGACCUGGUUUUUUUUUUGUUUUUGCAAGCCGAGCUCGUUCACAGAGCCGCUGGUUAUCCAUCAGUGAUGUCUGAAGGAGAAGCAAAACAAGCUCCCGCUCCGACCUCCACCAUGGAGGCGAAGUCCGAGGCAGCGGCCGCCGCUCCGACCGGUCAAGGCGUCUCGUCUGUGUCUUCCCCGGUGUCCACGGUAACGCAGGCUCCACCGGCACCUACGACGGCGACCGAAGACGAAGAAGAGGAGAGCGAAGACGAGUCCGAGAUCCUGGAAGAGAGCCCGUGUGGACGCUGGCAGAAACGCAGAGAGGAGGUCAACCAGCGAAAUGUUCCAGGCAUCGACAACGCCUACCUGGCCAUGGACACAGAAGAGGGUGUGGAGGUGGUGUGGAACGAGGUCAUGUUCUCCGAAAGGAAGAACUUCAAACUGCAGGAGGAAAAAGUGAGAGCGGUUUUCGAUAACCUGAUUCAGCUGGAGCAUUUGAAUAUCGUGAAGUUCCACAAGUACUGGGCCGACGUGAAGGAGAACAGAGCCAGGGUUAUUUUUAUAACGGAGUACAUGUCCUCAGGGAGUCUGAAGCAGUUUCUGAAAAAGACCAAGAAAAAUCACAAGACUAUGAAUGAAAAGGCGUGGAAACGGUGGUGUACGCAGAUAUUAUCUGCUUUAAGUUAUCUGCAUUCAUGUGAACCCGCCAUCAUCCACGGGAACCUGACCUGUGACACCAUCUUCAUACAGCACAACGGCCUCAUCAAGAUCGGCUCAGUCGCUCCGGACACCAUUAAUAAUCACGUUAAAACAUGUCGCGAGGAACAGAAGAGCUUGCAUUUCUUUGCACCUGAAUACGGAGUGGUUGCUAGCGUGACCACAGCCGUGGACAUUUAUUCCUUCGGGAUGUGCGCCUUAGAGAUGGCGGUGCUGGAGAUUAGUAACGGCGAGUCGUCGUACGUGUCGCCAGAAGCCAUUAACAGUGCCAUCCAGUCCUUGGAGGACCCCCUGCAGAGAGAGUUUAUUCAGAAGUGUCUGGAGAUAGACCCCAGUAAGAGGCCCACAGCUAGAGAGCUGCUUUUCCACCAGGCGCUGUUCGAGGUGCCUCAGCUGAAGCUCCUGGCGGCACACUGCAUCGUCAGCCACCAGCACAUGAUCCCUGAAAACGCUUUGGAGGAAAUGACUAAGAACAUGGACCCCAAUCGGGUGAUCAUGGAGAUGAAGGAAGUGCAGCUGAAGUUGUCCCAGUUUCCAGCACUUGAGCUUGACAAGUUCCUGGAAGAUGUGAGGAACGGGAUCUAUCCGUUGACGGCGUUUGGCGUGCCUUACCCACAACAGCCCCAGCAAGAGGCAGUGAAAUCCCCCAUCGUCCCGCCCUCUGUGAAAACACCCACGCCAGAACCUGCCGAACUGGAGACCAGGAAGGUGCUUCAGAUGCACUGCAACAUUGAGCCUGUGGAGGAAGGAGCGAAACAUCAUUUGACCUUACUGCUCAAGCUGGAGGAUAAGCUGAACAGGCAUUUGAGUUGUGAUUUGGCACCAAAUGAGAACGUGCAGGAGCUGGCGGUGGAGCUGGUCCAGCUCGGCUUCAUCAGCGAGGGCGAUCAGCCGCGUCUCGCCACCGUGCUGGAGGAGGCCUUCUCGAAGUUCUACAGCCGUAACGGCUCCCUGAAUCCUGUCACUGUUUCCUCGUAGCAGAGAGCUGGAGACGGGUGCCUGUGUUCUCCGCCGCGCCUCAUCCUCACACACGGGACAGGACUGUAGCGCUUGAUCGCUCGAAAGACUGGGUGGAAGCUGUGUUUUUUUUUUUUUUUUUGUCUUCCCUUUUUUUUUUUUUUUUUUUUUUUUUCUCUCUCGCGGAGACUGGAUCAGAAGAACCCCGACCUGCGCUCACAAGACGAUUCCUGCGUUUCUGUUGUUCUUCACGCCGCUCUAGGUGGCAGAAACCUUUGCCUGACGUCUGUGUACGUUUAUUUCUCUCUGUGUAGCCACCUGCUUCUCUGAGAAACAGUUAUUGUUCAUGUCAGUAUUACAAGCUGUGUUCUUUUUAUUUUAUUUAGUUUUUUUUAUUUUUUAUUAUUACUUCCAGUAUCUACAUGGAAUGGGUCAUGGUUCAGGUUUUGUUUGUUUGUUUUUGUUUAUCAUCAGAACAAGCCCUUUAUAGUGUUUUUUUUUUUUUGUUGUUGUUGUUUUUUU